GGAAGGCAAAAGUCCAUGCAAGACGACGACACGAGUGUGGUUACAGGGCUGGGAUUGUCUUCCUUUGGGGAGGGGGAUCCUUCUCAAGUUUUCGGGCGUUUGCAAUGUGCAGCCGCUUGCUGUUGCCAACAGCUUCCCGUUUGGUGAGUGGAGGGCUUUUCCUGAGCCGCCCUUGGAGGACAUCGCCCGCCGCCAUGCAGACGCACUCAGCUUCUUCCAGUGCUGGCGAGACACCCAAAGGUAAAAGGAACGUCGUUACUGAAAUCCAUGGGACCAUCCUGACAAUUGGCAUUAACAGGCCAGAAGUCAGGAAUGCUGUGAACCAGGAAACCGCCAAGUUGCUAGUCCAGGCUUUCAGGUCAUUUGAAGAGGACCAUUCCCUGACUGUAGCCGUGCUUCAUGGAUUGGGAGGAAAUUUCUGUGCUGGUUAUGAUUUGAAGGAGCUGGCUGACAACCCAAGCUCAGUCAAAUUGGAACAAGAUGUCACCAAAGGUCCUGGUCCCAUGGGUCCUUCUAGGAUGACUUUUUCGAAGCCAGUGAUCGCUGCAGUAAGUGGGUAUGCUGUGGCUGGUGGACUGGAGCUGUCUCUCUUGGCUGAUCUACGUGUUGUGGAAGAAAGUGCUGUUUUGGGAGUUUUCUGCAGGCGUUUCGGUGUUCCAUUAAUAGAUGGUGGCACUGUGAGACUACCAAAGCUAAUUGGUUUGUCACGAGCGAUGGAUCUCAUUCUAACUGGGCGACCUGUUAAUGCACAAGAAGCAUAUCAGUUUGGACUGGCGAAUCGAAUAGUUCCCAAUGGCCAAGCCCUUCAGUGUGCCAUUGAACUGGCAGAACAAAUUUCAGCAUUUCCACAGCAGUGUAUGCGUGGAGACAGAACCUCUGCUUACUACAGUACAUUUGAUGCUUCCUCAUUCUCUGAAGCCAUGCAGUAUGAGUUUGACACAGGAAUGCAGGUGAUAUUAAAGGAAUCAGUUCCUGGUGCUAAGAAAUUCACCUUAGGACAGGGGCGCAGUGGGUCAAAACUGUAAGGAGUUGAAUUUAAUCUUUGAUUAUAAACGUAUGACAUCAUUACUGACUUUUAAAACUUUUGCUGCAAUGACCAAGUAAUGAAACAUCCCUUGUUCUAAGACUACAACUCCCAGAGUCUCCCAGUUGGCAUGUUCAUCAUCUCUACAGGCUGGAUAUUCUGGGAUCUACAAAAUAACUUUCUCAAGUUUAGCAUGCAGUAACCAUAUAUAUCUCAUGAAAAUGUCGAUUUUUUAAACAUUGUUGUAAGUGGGUUGCUGUAAGUUUUCUGGGCUGUAUGGUCAUGUUCCAGAAGCGGUCUCUCCUGACAUUUCACCCACAUCUGUGGCAGGCAUCUUCAGAGUUGUGAAGUCUAUUGGAAACUAGGCAAGUUGGGUAUAUAUAUCUGUGGAAUGUCCAGAAUGUGAGAAAGAACUCUUGUUUGAUUGAGGCAGGUGUGAAUGUUGCAAUUGGCCACCUUGAUUAGCAUUUAAUGGCCUUGUAGCAUCGAAGCUUGGCUGAUUGCUGCCUGGGGGACACCUGUGUUGGAAGGUGUUAGGUGGCCCUAGAAUCAUAGAACCAAAGGAGAGACCUCAUGGGCCAUCCAGUCCAACCCCCUGCCAAGAAGCAGGAAAAUUGCAUUCAAAGCACCCCUGGUUGAUUCUUGUCUGGAAUUCCCCUAUUUUUGGGGUGUUGGUCUUUAUUUACUGUCUUGAUUUUAGAACUUUUUAAUGCUGGUAGCCAGAUUUUGUUCAUUUUCAUUGUUUCCUCCUUUCUGUUGAAAUUGUUCACAUGCUUGUGGAUUUCAAUGGCUUCUCUGUGUAGUCUGACAUGGUGGUUGCUAGAAUGGUCCAGCAUUUCUGUGUUCUCAGAUAAUAUGCUGUGUCCAGGUUGGUUCAUCAAGUGCCCUGCUAUGGAUGAUUUCUCAGGUCGAAUUAGUCUGCAGUGCCUUUCAUGUUCCUUGAUUCACACUUGCCUCAAGCAGACAAGAGUUCUUUCUCCCACCCUGGACAUGCCACAGAUACAUAAAUCUCACUUGCCUAGUUUCCAAUAGACC